AUGAGCUCGCCAUUGAAGCCACGAUCAUCUAUUGACAUUGACCCUUUCAGCGCGCCUGAAAUAUACUACGGGAAUGAUGCUGUUUACAAGAAUGGUAGCAACCACUUUCGGACCCGUACAUACUCAACUAACACGCGAGCCAUUCCUGACAUUACCUUCGAGCCACGAAAACCUCAGCGCCGCGGAUCUCACGAUGAGGUCAGUUUAUACCCUCGGAGAUUCUUGGUAAAUGUGGACUCUACCCUCGCCCACCUCGCAAAGCAAGAAGAUACGGACAACAAUUGGCAGAUUACCAUCGAAGAUACAGGCCCGAAGGUACUCUCGCUCGGAACCGUGGGAUCUAAUGGCAUCAACCGAUUUGAUAUUCGCGGCACAUAUAUGCUUUCCAAUCUGCUACAGGAACUUCAUCUAGCCAAGGACCACGGACGGAAUCAGAUCAUUCUGGACGAGUCGCGGUUGAACGAGAAUCCUACAAAUCGUCUCGCACGAUUAAUCAAGGAUUCAUUCUGGAGUGGCCUCACAAGGGUAAUAGAUGGUUCGGUUAUUGAAAUUGCCGGGAAAGAUCCCAAAGAUUGGACGGACGACCCCAUGCCCCGAAUUUAUGUACCAGUUGGAGCUCCCGAGCAACAUGCCUAUUACACCAAGGUUGCAAAGGACAGGCCUGAGAUCCGACUUGAGGUAUGCUGGUUGCCAAAAGAGAUUACCCCGGAGAAAGUUCGAGACAUGAAUGCAAAGCCAGGUCUUCUUGCGAUCGCGAUGGAUGAAACAGUCGACCCUGUCACUGGGGAGAAGACAUUGAAAGGCAAACCAUUUGUCGUUCCCGGAGGCCGUUUCAAUGAAUUGUAUGGAUGGGACAGCUAUAUGGAGUCAUUGGGUCUGAUAGCCAAUGGAAAGGUACACUUGGCCAAAUCUAUGGUCGAGCAUUUUUGCUUCUGCAUCAAGCAUUAUGGGAAAAUUCUCAACGCUACACGAUCCUAUUACCUCUGCAGGUCUCAGCCACCUUUUCUCACUGAUAUGGCGAUGAGAGUUUACGAUGAGAUUCAGGCUCAUGACCCUGGAGCCAAGGAAUUUCUGCGAACCGCAAUCCUAGCGGCAAUUAAAGAGUAUAAUAGUGUAUGGAUGGCCCACCCACGUUAUGAUCCAGCCACAGGACUCUCCCGAUACCGUCCUCAAGGCUUGGGAGUACCACCAGAGACCGAAGCAACUCACUUCACCCACAUUUUGGAGCCAUACGCGAAGAAGAACAACAUGACUUUCGACGAGUUUGUCCAAGCAUAUAACCAUGGUAAGGUCCACGAACCUGAACUCGACGAGUACUUUCUUCAUGACCGAGCUGUACGAGAAUCCGGCCAUGACACAUCAUACCGACUAGAGAGAGUGUGCGCGAACUUGGCCACAAUCGAUCUCAAUUCUUUACUCUAUAAAUAUGAGAAGGACAUUGCCAAAGCCAUCCAGAGAUUUUUCGGUAACAAGCUUGAAAUUCCCGAGGAGUUCUGUGUUGGCGAGAUGGUGCCUAAUCACAUCGAAACAUCUUCAAUGUGGGAUCGUAAGGCUAAGCGCCGCAAGAUGGCCAUGGAUAAGUAUAUGUGGAAUGAAAAGAAGGGUAUGUUUUUUGACUAUGACACCGUUAAAAAGGAACAGUGCACAUACGAAACAUGUACAACUUUCUGGUCAAUGUGGUCAGGUGUUGCAACACCCAGUCAAGCCGCUCGUCUUGUCAAUGACGCACUUCCAAAGUUCGAGGUUCUGGGCGGUCUCGUGUCUGGUACCAAAGAGUCCCGUGGAGAGAUUGGACUCGAAAGGCCGAACCGGCAGUGGGAUUACCCAUACGGCUGGGCUCCUCAGCAAAUGCUAGCCUGGACUGCCCUGGACAGAUAUGGUUAUCACGAGGAGGUAUCGAGGCUCGCAUACAGAUGGCUUUUCAUGAUGACGAAGGCCUUUGUCGAUUUCAACGGUGUUGUGGUUGAGAAAUAUGAUGUUACGCACGUGAUUGCUCCUCAUCGGGUUGAUGCAGAGUAUGGAAACCAAGGUCUUGAUUUCAAAGGAGUGGCAAAAGAAGGUUUCGGAUGGGUUAACGCCAGUUAUGUCUUCGGUUUACAGUUCAUGAAUGAGCAUAUGCAACGAGCCUUGGGUACAUUGACGCCAUGGGAGCAAUAUGCUCGUGCUACAAACGGAGUCCAUGCUAUCCCCGAACUCCCGUCGCCAUAG